UUGAAGCAUAUUCCUUCUUUUGCCUUGCCACUUGCUUUCAUUCUCAUGUGGGUGGGAUGACAAUACAUUUCACGAAGGCACGAAAACUUUGUUGCAGUAUCUGUCUAUAGUAUCAAGGACUCCACUGUCUGCUACGUUUGACUUCCAACAUGGAGUAUUUGGGCUCUGAAGGAGGACCCAGACAACACUAUUCCUUAAUCUCAUGUUGCAGAUGUGGAUUACAGAUUGAGCCAAACCCAACCAACAUGUGUGUAAACUGUUUACGGUCAGAUGUGGACAUUACAGAGGAUAUUCCAAAAACGUCUGUGCUUAACUUCUGUCGAAGCUGUGAGAGAUAUCUGCAGCCUCCGAAUCAGUGGGUUAAAGCUGCGCUUGAGUCUCGAGAGCUGCUGUCCGUUUGUCUGAAGAGAUUGAAGGGCCUUAAUAAGGUCAAGCUGAUUGAUGCAGGCUUUGUGUGGACUGAACCUCAUUCCAUGAGGAUUAAGGUUAAACUGACUGUCCAAAAAGAGGUGAUGAAUGGCGCUGUCUUGCAGCAGGUGUUUGUGGUGGAGUACACGGUACAGUCCAAUAUGUGUGAGGAUUGUCAUCGUGUGGAGGCCAAAGACUUUUGGCGUGCGGUUGUGCAAGUCAGACAGAAGUGUGACCACAAGAAGACAUUUUUCUACCUGGAGCAACUGAUCCUGAAGCACCGAGCACACCGUAGCACAGUCAACAUCAAGCCCAUGGCAGAUGGACUAGAUUUCUUCUUCACCAAACAGGACGAUGCCAAGAAGCUUGUGGAGUUCCUGUCCGCCUACGUGCCUUGCAGGUUUGUGACUGGCCGGGAGCUGGUGUCCCACGACAUCCGCAGCAACAAGUACAACUACAAGCACACGUUCUCCGUGGAGAUUAUACCCGUCUGCAAGGAUCACAUCAUAUGUUUGCCCAAGAAGACAGCACAGCAGCUUGGAGGAAUCAGCCCCCUGUGUCUAGUGACGCGUGUCACACAAAGCAUACACAUCAUCGAUCCCAACACGCUUCAGUGGGCUGAGCUUAGCGGAGCGCAGUACUGGAGGAACCCAUUCAAGGCUCUGGUCUCACCGAAACAGCUGAUAGAGUACAUGGUCCUGGAGGUGAACAUGGUUUCAGACAGAGACAGGCCCAAUCGACCACGCCUCUCCACCAAGCAUAUGUUGGCUGAUGUGUACGUGGCCCGGAUGAGUGACCUCGGAGCCAACGACCAGCAGUUUCACUGUCGCUCUCACCUUGGACAUCUGCUCCGCGCGGGGGACACGGUGCUGGGGUUUGACUUCAGCAAUGCCAACCUGAAUCAUCAACACUUUGAGGCGAUGAAGGGAGACAGGAUCCCGGAUGUGAUGCUGGUUAAGAAGGUGUUUGAUCGUAACAAGAGGAUUCGCCGCAGAAAGUGGAAGUUGGAGAGAUUUGAUGGGGCUGAUGAGGCAGACACUGAGAGCGUUAACAGGGACUUCAACGACUUCUUGGAAGACCUGGAGGAGGAUCAAGCGAUCAGAGAGAACGUCAACAUUUACAAAGAUCCGAGCAAGAUCUCCGUGCAGGCUGAGGACACCGACGAUGAGGGAGCCCCACAGAUCAGUCUGAUGGAGAUGUUGGAAGAUCUGCACAUCUCGGAGGAUGCCACGGGUGGGGAGGGAGCUCCCAUGAUGGAGUAGGUGGUUCAAGAUUGGGAGGAUAAAAGAAAAAAAAAAAUUAAUAAACCUCAUGAAUGAAGUA